UGGGCGGGGCCUUGGGCGACAGCAGCUUGCGGACAGUCCGCCGGCCCGCGGCUGUGUGGGUAGCUCCCCGGCCGGCGGGGCUGAGACGCGAGAGGUUGAUGGGGGUAGCCUCGACCUCAGUCUGUAGCAGAGCUUCAGUCACACCAACGGAGAUGGUGUCCUGGGUGAGGACGAUGGGGGAGAAGCUGAAGCAGCGGCUGCGGCUGGACGUGGGACGCGAGAUCUGCCGCCAGUACCCGCUGUUCUGCUUCCUGCUGCUCUGCCUCAGCGUCGCCUCCCUGCUCCUCAACAGGUAUCUUCAUGUUUUAAUGAUCUUCUGGUCAUUUGUUGCUGGAGUUUUUACAUUCUAUUGCUCAUUGGGACCGGAUUCUCUCUUACCAAAUAUAUUCUUCACAAUAAAAUACAAACCCAAGCAGUUAGGACUUCAAGAAUUAUUUCCUCAAGGUCGUAGCUGUGCUGUUUGUGGUAAAGUGAAAUGUAAACGACAUAGGCCUUCCUUACUACUUGAAAACUACCAGCCGUGGCUAGAUCUGAAAAUUUCUUCCAAGGUUGAUGCAUCUCUCUCAGAGGUUCUUGAAUUAGUGUUGGAAAACUUUGUUUAUCCGUGGUACAGGGAUGUAACAGAUGAUGAGUCCUUUGUUGAUGAACUGAGAAUUACAUUACGGUUUUUUGCAUCUGUCUUAAUUCGAAGGAUUCACAAGGUGGAUAUUCCAUCUAUUAUAACCAAGAAAUUAUUAAAAGCAGCAAUGAAGCAUAUAGAGGUGAUAGUUAAAGCCAGUCAGAAAGUAGAAAAUACAGAGUUUUUACAGCAAGCUGCUUUAGAAGAAUAUGGUCCAGAGCUUCAUGUGGCUUUGAGGAGUCGAAGAGAUGAAUUACACUAUUUAAGGAAACUUACUGAACUACUUUUUCCUUAUAUUUUGCCUCCUAAAGCAACAGACUGCAGAUCCCUGACCUUACUUUUAAGAGAGAUCCUUUCCGGUUCGGUAUUCCUUCCUUCUUUGGAUUUCCUAGCUGAUCCAGAUACUGUGAAUCAUUUGCUUAUCAUCUUCAUAGAUGACAGUCCACCUGAAAAAGCAACUGAACUGCCUUCCCCCUUGGUUCCAUUCUUGCAGAAAUUUGCAGAACCUAGAAAUAAAAAGCCGUCUGUGCUGAAGUUAGAAUUGAAGCAAAUCAGAGAGCAGCAAGAUCUCUUAUUUCGUUUUAUGAACUUUCUGAAACAAGAAGGAGCGGUGCAUGUAUUGCAAAUAUGUCUGACUGUGGAGGAAUUCAAUGAUAGAAUUUUACGACCAGAGUUAUCAAAUGAUGAAAUGCUUUCUCUUCAUGAAGAAUUGCAGAAGAUUUAUAAAACAUAUUGUUUGGAUGAAAGUAUAGACAAAAUUCGAUUUGAUCCCUUUAUUGUAGAAGAGAUUCAAAAAAUUGCUGAAGGCCCAUAUAUAGAUGUUGUUAAACUUCAGACUAUGAGAUGUCUUUUUGAAGCAUAUGAACAUGUACUGUCUCUUUUGGAGAAUGUGUUUACUCCUAUGUUCUGCCACAGUGAUGAGUAUUUCAGGCAACUUCUAAGAGGUGCAGAAUCACCAACACGCAAUUCAAAAUUGAACAGAGGUAGCCUAAGUUUGGAUGAUUUUCGGAGCACACAGAAAAGAGGAGAAUCAUUUGGAAUCAGCAGAAUAGGUAGCAAAAUUAAAGGAGUAUUUAAAAGUACAACAAUGGAAGGAGCUAUGUUGCCUAAUUAUGGGUUAGCUGAAGGUGAAGAUGACUUUAUUGAAGAAGGUAUUGUUGUAAUGGAAGAUGAUUCUCCAGUGGAAGCUGUGAGCACACCUAAUACUCCCCGAAACCUUGCUGCAUGGAAAAUUAGCAUUCCAUAUGUAGACUUUUUUGAAGAUCCUUCCUCUGAAAGGAAAGAGAAAAAGGAGAGAAUACCUGUGUUUUGUAUUGAUGUCGAAAGAAAUGAUAGAAGAGCAGUUGGGCAUGAGCCUGAACAUUGGUCUGUCUAUAGAAGAUAUCUAGAAUUCUAUGUACUUGAAUCAAAACUAACAGAAUUUCAUGGCACAUUUCCUGAUGCCCAGCUUCCUUCCAAGAGGAUCAUUGGCCCCAAAAAUUAUGAAUUCUUAAAGUCAAAGAGAGAAGAGUUUCAGGAAUAUUUACAGAAACUUCUGCAGCAUCCAGAACUGAGUAAUAGUCAACUUCUGGCAGAUUUUCUCUCCCCCAAUGGUGGAGAAACACAGUUUCUUGAUAAGAUACUACCAGAUGUAAAUCUUGGGAAAAUUAUAAAGUCUGUUCCUGGAAAACUAAUGAAAGAGAAAGGUCAGCAUUUGGAACCUUUCAUCAUGAAUUUCAUUAAUUCUUGUGAAUCUCCAAAGCCUAAACCAAGUAAACCGGAACUGACCAUUCUCAGCCCUACUUCAGAAAACAACAAGAAGCUUUUCAGUGAUCUGUUUAAGAAUAAUGCAAACCGUGCUGAGAAUACAGAAAGAAAGCAAAAUCAGAAUUAUUUUAUGGAGAUGAUGACUGUAGAAGGAGUCUAUGAUUACCUGAUGUAUGUAGGACGGGUGGUUUUCCAAGUUCCUGACUGGCUUCAUCAUCUCUUAAUGGGAACUCGAAUCCUGUUUAAAAACACCCUGGAAAUGUAUACUGACUACUAUCUUCAUUGUAAACUGGAACAGCUGUUUCAGGAGCACCGUUUGGUCUCACUCAUAACACUUCUCAGAGAUGCUGUGUUCUGUGAAAACACUGAACCUCGCUCUCUCCAAGAUAAGCAAAAACGAGCAAAACAGACUUUUGAAGAAAUGAUGAAUUAUAUUCCAGAUCUGAUAGUCAAGUGUAUUGGUGAAGAAGCCAAGUAUGAAAGCAUCAGACUUCUGUUUGAUGGCUUACAACAGCCAGUUCUCAAUAAGCAGCUGACUUAUGUUUUAUUGGACAUUGUGAUACAAGAACUAUUUCCAGAGCUCAAUAAGGUACAAAAAGAAGUUACCUCUGUGACAUCCUGGAUGUAAACAUUUGGAUUUGGGAAAGAAUAACCAGAUAGAUAACAAAUUUCUGCUGUAUUAGUGUAGUAUUUUCUUUCUUUUACUUUGUAUAUUCUUGUAUAUAUCAUGUAAUCCAGUGUCUGAAAUUUUGAUUUUUUUUUUGUUUUAAUAAAGACUAACACAAACUUAAUGGUCACAAG